CUCGGGUGUGCGUUCCACACGUGGCCAGCGCGGCCAACGUCCUCCGGGGGCUGCGUGCAAGCGGGCGUCGGCGCUCGGCGACCAAGGAGAGCGAAGUGAAGCUCGGCCAUGAACGAGUCAGCGAACGAGUCUGCGUGGGGCGAGGCGCCGGCGUGGGCGGAGGCGGAUCGCAACGGCUCCCUGCGGCCGGCGUGGCCCGGCGCCCCCCCGCCCUCGGCCGUCAACCCGUGGGACGUCAUGCUGUGCGUGUCGGGCACGGCCAUCGCCUGCGAGAACGCCAUCGUGGUGGCCAUCAUCUUCUACACGCCGGCGCUCAGGACUCCCAUGUUCGUGCUGGUCGGCAGCCUGGCCACGGCCGACCUGCUGGCCGGCGCGGGGCUGGUCCUCAACUUCGUCUUUCAGUACGCGCUCUCCUCGCAGACGGCCAGCCUGGUGACGGUGGGCUUCCUGGUGGCGUCCUUCACGGCGUCCGUCAUCAGCCUGCUGGCCAUCACGGUGGACCGCUACUUCUCGCUGUACAACGCGCUGACGUACUUCUCGGAGAAGACGCUGCGCUGGGUGCACGCCAUGCUGCUGGCCACCUGGGGCGUGUCCCUGCUGCUGGGCCUGCUGCCCGUGCUGGGCUGGAACUGCCUGGACCGGCCGGCGUCGUGCAGCAUCGUGUGGCCGCUGACGCGCGCCAACCUGACUCUGCUGGCCGCCGCCUUCUUGGUCAUCUUCGCGCUCAUGCUGACGCUCUACUUCAAGAUCUGCAAGAUCGUGUGCCGCCACGCCCACCAGAUCGCCCUGCAGCAGCACUUCUUCGCCACCUCGCACUACGUGGCCACCAAGAAGGGCGUGUCCACCCUGGCCAUCGUCCUGGGGACCUUCGGCGCCAGCUGGCUGCCCUUUGCCAUCUACUGCCUGGUGGGCCAGCGGGAGUACCCGCCGGUGUACACGUACGCCACGCUGCUGCCCGCCACCUACAACUCCAUGAUCAACCCCAUCAUCUACGCCUACAGGAACGCCGAGAUCCAGCGCUCCAUCUACAUGCUCCUGUGCGGCUGCUUUCGGGCCGACGCCGCCUACCGCUCCAGGUCGCCCAGCGAAGUGUGAACCGCUCCUACUCCUGCGGCGGCGGCGCAGAACAAAACACGGCCACUUUACGCCGGGGCCUUCCCUUCGUACGGAGAUUUUUAACAUUUUGGGACAAAAAGCCGUCGCGCUUACGAGACGAAGGUCGCAAUGUGUGCUUGUUGCGAAACGAAGUUUUCAAAUCAUCAUUUUAGAAAGAAUGACUGUGUGAAUUUUGAAUUAGUUUAGUAAAAAAAAAGUUGACUUUAUUCUUGUAAUUUUGUCUUUUUUCACACAAAACACACGGCUUCUUCAUAAUAUUACAACUUUGUUCUCAUAAUAUUGCAACUUUAUUCUUAUUGUAUCUUUUUGAAAGCCAGACUUGUAUUUAUUUAUUUAUUUAUUUGUUUGUCUGUUUGUGUCAUUUAUUUAUUUCAGAGUUGAUAGUCUUUUUUUUGGAAGGUCCCCUCAGUGUAAAGUGGCAGCCGUUGGAUAUCAGCACUUUAACUCAAGUUUAACAAGUUUGAGAAACGCUUUGAACAAGAAAAGACUGAGAAAAAUCAAAGACUUAACGUGUGAAUGUAUUUUCAUGGGGGGAAAAAAGGACAGGAAAAAAAGUGCACUUUAUUCAAUGUCUGUCUGUUUUUGUUUGUUUUGAAAUGCCAAAGCAGUAUUAUAACAACAACCCUUAUUGUAUUGUGACCAGUGUGCCAUUUUUCUAUUUUGUAAUUUUUGUGUCUUUUUCUGUGCGUUUUCUACCAGUGGGGGGGAAAAAACAAAAAGAAUAAAG